CACAGAUCCUCAUCUCUCUUAGGCUAGUUUAGACUCCGCCGGAGUAGCCACCGUACUAUCUGGCCGUUGUCUUCAGUGUGCCAGAUUUUACUCUGGUUUAUUAUAUUCAUUCACUUCUUAUUCGCGGGUUUGACAAGUUCUUGAGCCGUCCUAUGCUGUGCUGAGUGCACUCAAGCCAGUGUUGUGCUAGUGUCCUUCAACAGCUGUUGCUGGUUAGCGGAGUAGACAUGGCCCAGGCCGUCAGUGCCGCUUGCUCUGUCUCCAUAGGCUACGCGUCUGUUGAGAGACGCAGCGAUCCCAUUAGCCAGAGUAACAGAUUCUCGUCUUGUGCUGCUGUCCGCGGGAACGGCAAAUGGAUUAAGCCUGGUUCAAGCUCCAUGACAUGGCAACGCCAAGUCAUGAAAGCAUCGUCCGUAGGAAGGUUGCACGUGGUGAAUUCAGCAUCCACAGAACCUCCGGCUGCUGACUCGGGCGAGAAGAAAUCGCGGAAGAGGAAGACUGGCCGGGGGUCUCGGAUCAUCGGAACAGGCUCGGCGGUGCCAGCGAAGGUCGUCACCAAUGAUUUCCUCGCAUCCCUGAUGGACACGUCAGACGAGUGGAUCUCCACCCGUACCGGCAUUCGGAACCGCCAUGUCCUUUCGGAGGACGAGACGAUGACCGGCCUGGCAACGGAGGCUUCGAGGAAGGCUCUGGAGAUGGCAGGCGUGGACGCGGCUGAUGUGGACCUGAUCAUCUUCUGCACGUCAACCCCGGACGACAUCUUCGGCGGGGGCUGCCUGGUUCAACGUGACCUGGGCUGCAAACGGGCUGUGGCGUUCGAUCUCACUGCGGCGUGCAGUGGCUUUGUCCUCGGCCUCGUCACCGCAUCCCGGUUCAUCCAAGGAGGGGGCUAUGAGCGCGUGCUUGUGGUGGGGGCGGACGGGCUGUCCCGGUACGUGGACUGGUCGGACCGGGGCACGUGCAUCCUCUUUGGGGACGGCUGCGGGGCCGUGCUGGUGCAGGCUGCAGCAGAGGGCGAGAGCGACGGGCUGCUGGGGUUCGACAUGCACAGCGACGGCUACGGCUCAAGGCACCUGCAUGCGUGCUUCAGCGUGACGCCAGCCCCAGAAGAGAGCGGGUCCAUUGCAGGGAGGGCUGUCGCCACUCCCAUCAUCAUGAACGGAAAGGAGGUCUACAAGUUUGCUGUCACCACCGUGCCCCAGGUCCUACAAGCAGCGCUACAGGAGGCAGAGCUCUCGUCAGACGACAUUGACUGGCUUCUCCUGCACCAGGCCAAUCAACGGAUAAUGGAUGCCGUGGCAACAAAAAUGCAUAUUCCUUACGAGAAGGUGAUUUCAAAUGUGGCCAGUUACGGUAACACGAGCGCAGCAUCGAUCCCCAUUGCCCUCGAUGAAGCUGUGCGCAGCGGUAAAGUGAAGCCCGGGGAUGUUGUUGCAACGGCUGGUUUUGGAGCUGGCCUUACAUGGGCUUCUGCAAUCGUUCGCUAUGGGUAGGCCAAGCCAACGUGAUAUUGAUAGAUGUGGUUUACGGAUUCUACCAAUUGUGAUAGCCAUUGAGACCACAAUAUUUUCAUAUCUUGCCCUGUUGACCUUGCCCAUUGCAUUGCCCACUAGAUGGAAAUGAACCUUCCCAGAUCCG